ACUUGUAACGACAUAAAACCCUGUUUUAACGUCAUAUUUGAAGCACUCUCAAAUUUACAAAAUUAAAUUACAAAUUUUAUUUAUCAAAGAAAAUACUACGUGUUCAGUCCUAGGGUCAGAGUCCGCUUCCUAGAACGAUUGUGGGUGGUACUGUCACCACCUGAUUCGGUGGGGUGAGAUGCGCCACCCCUUUAAACGACGUGACAGUGGGUUAGUCUGCAUAGCUCUCAUACUCGUGUUGUAGUUUAGCAUCAAAUCAGGUAAAAUGGCUAGCUUAAAAAGGAAAGCGUUAACAUUAGACUGCAAAGUAGAAAUAAUUAAAGCAGUUGAAAGUGGAAGAAAAAAGGCAGAUGUAUGCAGAGACUUUGGUUUAGCAAAUUCUACAGUGUGCACAAUAAUAAAAAACAGAGAGAAAAUUUUGAAAAGUUUUCAAGAUGGCAAGGGACAAGUGAAAAAAAUUAAGUUAUGUGAAAAAGCCAAUAUUGAUGACGCUCUAAUUAAGUGGUUUAACCAAUGCAGAAGUUCCAACUUACCACUAAAUGGACCGAUACUAAUGGAAAAAGCAGAAGAAUUUGGACGACUACUAGGCGAUACUAACUUUAAAUGUUCUAAUGGAUGGCUAGACCGUUUUAAACAAAGACAUAACAUAAGUUUUGGGAAAGUGUGUGGAGAAGCAAAAAGUGUAAAUUUACUGGACGUUGAAAACUGGUUAAGAGAUGUGUGGCCUAAACUAAGGGGAGAAUAUGCAGAUGAAGACAUUUAUAAUGCAGAUGAAACCGGGAUAUUUUACAAACUUUUACCGGAUAAAACAUUUAAAUUUAAAAACGAAAAGUGUGUUGGUGGAAAACUUGCGAAAGAUAGGAUAACAGCUUUUGUUUGCGCUAAUAUGACUGGUACAGACAAAAGAAAACUUCUUGUAAUAGGAAAAUCAAAGAAUCCAAGAUGUUUUAAAAACAUAAAAACACUACCAGUAAAUUACAAAGCGAACAAAAAGUCAUGGAUGACGUCUGAGAUUUUUGAAGAAGAAAUUCGAAAAUGGGAUAAAGAACUUAUUGGUAAACGAAAAAAAGUUUUACUCCUUGUCGAUAAUUGCCCAGCACAUCCAAUUUUAGAAAAUUUAAAGAACAUCAAACUUGUAUUCCUUCCUCCGAAUUGUACUAGCGUACUUCAACCAAUGGAUCAAGGAAUUAUAAGAAGCCUUAAAUCUCACUUCAGAAAAAUUCUUUUACAAAAAAUUAUAACAAAUAUGGAAGAUAAAAAUAAAAUGGCAAUUUCUUUAUUAGAUGCAGUUGAUUUUUUGGAAAAAUCUUGGUGUAAGGUUAGUUCGCUAAUAAUAGCAAACUGUUUUCGCCAUGCAAAAUUGUGUAAUAGUCAAACAGCUAUUACAUUUACGAAAGAUGACAAUGAGGACGAUGACAUUCCUCUAUCGGAAUUAAUUAAAACACUUCAGAGUUCAGAAAACGGCGAAUUUUUGUUAACUGCUGCUACUGAAUAUGAGUGUGUAGAUGAAAAUUUAAUAACAUCUCAAUUUUAUACAGAUGCAGAUAUUAUUGAGCAAAUUAAAUGUUCAGACGAAAAAAAUGUGGAUGAUGAUGAUGAUGAUAAUGAUGAUAAUGAAGAAGAUGAAAUAUCAAACAGAGAAACUACAGUGCCGUCAACUAAGGAAGCGAGUAAUGCGAUAAAAUUAUUGAAAAUGUUUUACAGGUCUCGUAAAACUUCAUCGGAAAUAAUGAACAAAAUCUACGACUUAGAAAAUGACAUUGAUAAACAAUUUUUAGGUGAAAAAUGCCUACAAUCUAAAAUAACUGACUUUUUUUAAGUGAAUAUUUUUAUUGUUUCUUUUUAAUUGAUAUACAUUAAUUUAACCUAAAAGUGAAAUAUAUUGGACUUCAUGUCCAUUGAUAGAUAAGCAAGAAACGAGAAAAUUAUCAUCCAGGCGUUAAAACCGAAAGUGUCGCAAUUAUCGAAACUUGACAAAUAAAAAUUUCUUAUAAAAAAUAAUUUUUGAAAUUUUUAAUUACAUCGUUGUAAAUUUAGACAUAAUAAUGUAAAUAAAGUUGAUUUAAAUAUUUAGUUUGCACUUUUAUACAUACGAUAUUAAAUUAGAUGAAUUUUAUAAUAGAUUCUUAAACAGACUUGAUACUUUUAUGGGACUGAAAUUAUGACCCCGCAGAUAACGACACUCGGUUAUACCGUCAAAAAAUUGCCGGUCCCAUGGAUGACGUUAUAAGCAGGUUAAACUGUAUUUCCAAGCCUUUCUUGCACAAGGAAAAAAGGCUGGAACAAUGGGAUAUGGUUGGAGGUACUGGAUAUAAGUUUAUGGAACCAACAGGAUAGUGGCUGAAAAAAGUUUGGGAAUCACUAGCAUUUGCAAUGGACAAAAUAUCAAAAAAGUAUAUGAACUAAAUGAAAAAAAAUGAAACAAACUACAUUGAAUUAAUUUGUUAAUAAAAAAUAAAUCUGUUUAAAUUCAUUUCAAUCAUUAGCUCUUUUCUGUAAUAAAGGUCACUGUUAACUUUUCAUAGAGUUUAUUUUAGUAUUUAUCAAUAAUAACUGCAAUUUUCUAACUUGUUUGCUAAAAUGAUGUUGAAGUAUUAUGAAAUCACAGAAAAUGUCAUGUUUGAUGUUUUCACAUUUUAUUUCAGGCAUCCUUCCAUUAGUGCCAAGGGAACUAGUACUCAUUAUGCAGGAGUCACACUGCACAGUGCCAGAAUUGCCACUUGGCAAUAUUUUUAUUAAAGUGGUAAUAAAAAUAUAAUACUGGCAAUUGAAAGUGGCGAUAAAAACUGUGAAAUCCGCGAUUUU